CGCCCAUCUGCAGAUGAAUUACGCUUCGUCAAGCAGAGCAGAACAAGAACGGAACUCAUGAUCCUGAAGAGUGAAGAUCAUUAAGCUAAAGCUCGAAGUUUGGCAGAGAAAAAUGUUUAGAGCGACCCAAAUAUUGUUAAAGUGUCAAAAGGCACUUGGAGAUCUAGAUUUGCGCAAGGUCUUGCGGUCUGAAAUCAAACAUGAACUCUCCUCUCCUCACGUUCAGGGAAACCGAAAUGGGUCUUUGGGAGAUUUUGUUAUGGAUUGGGAUUCAUCAAAUUCUAAAGAUAUUGUUUUGAGGAGAAAAUGUGAAUCCGGUGAGGAAGUUGCUGUUACAGUUUUGCUGGAUCCAUGUUACGCGAGGGAAUUUUUGAUGAAGGUGUUUGUGAAAAAAGCUGGCUUGAACUCUAUAUUGCAGUUUGAUUGUGAAGUUUAUGAGAAAGGUGCAAGUGGGUCUGGUUUUGAUAUCCAUAAUGCUUAUUAUCUCCAAACAACUACUUGCCCUGGACCCUCUGCCUAUAGAGGCCCCUUGUUCAGUGACUUGGACACUCAGUUACAAAAUGCUCUCAAGGAAUACCUAGUAGCCAAGGGAGUCAGUGAAGAACUUACUAAUUUCAUCCUACUACAUCUACAAGAAAAGGAGAAAAAUCAAUAUGUGAAUUGGUUGCAGAAAGUUGAAUCCCUAGUAGUGAAAGGUGACUCUACUGAUACCAAGUACUAACAGCAUUACAAUUUACAGCAAGAGGUUUAAGUUCUAUAUUAACUUUCCCCACAAUGCCUAAUCCACCUUUGAAGGUUGAAAAGAAUUGUAGGUAACUUGAGUUUUCUCUCAUACUUGAUUUUUUAAUUAAUGAGCUUAUAAUUUUCAGAUUUU